AUGCUUUCUCGAGCCUUGACACUCUCCGCCCUUGUGGGAGGAGUGCUCUCCAUCCCCGUUGAAAAGCGCGCGUGCCCUAACAUCCACGUAUUCGGUGCACGAGAAACAACCGCUUCUCCGGGCUACGGUUCCUCCAUCACGGUCGUGGAUGAUGUGUUGAACACCUAUUCCGGCUCUACUGCAGAAGCCAUUAGUUACCCUGCAUGUGGUGGCCAGUCUUCAUGCGGCAGCAUCAGCUAUUCAAGCUCGGUUGCACAAGGCAUCGCGGCCGUCGCAUCUGCCGUGAACUCCUUCAACUCACAGUGCCCCAGCAGCGAAAUCAUAUUGGUCGGAUAUUCUCAGGGUGGUGAGAUUAUGGACGUUGCUCUGUGCGGCGGUGGAGACCCCAAUCAGGGCUACACCAACACGGCCGUUCAGUUGUCGGCAUCUGCUUUAUCCAUGGUGAAAGCAGCGAUUUUCAUGGGUGACCCCUUGUUCAGGGCAGGCUUGUCGUAUGAAGUUGGAACUUGCGCUGCCGGCGGUUUUGACGAACGCCCAGCAGGCUUCAGCUGCCCUUCAGCUAGUCUGAUACAGUCCUACUGCGACGCCUCAGACCCUUAUUGUUGCAACGGCAGCAACGCGGCAACCCAUCAGGGUUACGGAGCAGAAUACGGCAAUCAGGCUUUGGCUUUCAUCAAGGGCAAACUUUCUGGUAGCACCUCUACUGGUAAUUCCACAACUGGCACUGGGGGUGGUACCGUUGCAGAAUGGGGACAGUGUGGUGGACAGGGCUGGACUGGCGCAACGGCGUGUAAAUAUGAGCGCCAAGUAUCAGGAGCGGGGACCCAGUCCGAGGCACUGGAAGCUGCAAUUGCUGCCGCCGAGAACUACAUGCGUGCGCUGAAAUUAGCAGACACGCCUCGGGAGAAGCAAUUGCUAGACGCAAGAUGCAAAGAUUGGAUCUCACGCGCAGAGAAAAUAAAACUUGACAGAUCAUGGAAACCAACUGCUCCUCAGGUUGAGAAUCGCUCGCUGAAGGAGCCAGUAUCGAAGCGCAAGCUUUCGACGAGAGAGGAAAUCAUCCUCUUGGAUAGCGCUAAGCUCAAUGGUUUUUUGUUUCCGCCUUGGAAAAAUGACCCCAAUCCGCAAGAGUUUGAAUUGAUUGGUAAUGAAAGGCAAUUUGAGGAUAAGACCCUCAGGCUCUCUGUACCUCAGAAAGAGGUCUUUAAUGGCUGGAAACGCCCAGCUGAGCUCAUCGAAGAGCUUGGUCGUGGCAGUGUAAAUCCCGAUGCACUCAAACGCGCCAAGACCAAAGUGGUAAUGGAUCUCGUCCAAGACAUCACAACAGACUGCUCUGUAAUAGCAAGUAUCUGCGCAGCAACUGCUCGGUUUGAGCGAGGUCAUGGUUGUCUAUUUCACAGUGCGAUAUUCCCAUUUGAUUACAUCAAAAAUAUUCCGCGCAAUUCAAUAUCUGGAAAAUACAUAUUUCGGCUUUAUUUCAACGGCUGCUACAGAAAAGUCGUCAUCGACGACCGACUUCCUUCAUCCAAAACAUCACGCUCUCUGUUCGCAUUUGAUCGAAAUUCGCCGGAGUCAUUCUGGCCAGCUCUGAUUGAGAAAGCGUACUUGAAGCUUCGGGGCGGUUAUGAUUUUCCAGGUAGCAACUCGGGCACUGAUCUGUGGGUACUCACCGGCUGGAUUCCGGAGCAAGUAUUUCUUCACCAUGAAGAUGUAGCGCCAGAUCAAUUGUGGAGACGUAUAUCUGGAGCGUUUCAGUACGGGGAUGUCGUUUUGACUCUGGGAACGGGAGAACUCAAUUCGCGCGAAGAGCACCUUCAAGGUCUCAUUGGUCGACACGACUAUGCUGUUCUUGACUUGACUGAGAGUGCUGGGUACCGCCGGUUACUCAUCAAGAAUCCGUGGGCAGAUUCCAGCUCUAGAACUCCACAAAGCAGUAGUCGCGCUCCUGAACAAAUUGCACCGGAUGCAAGCUCUAGCCCUCUGCUACCUGGAUCGUUCUGGAUGGACUACGAUCAAAUAUUCCAAAACUUUGACAACAUGUACCUGAACUGGAACCCGGGUCUUUUCACCACACGCCAAGAUAUACAUUUUACAUGGGAUUUGUCAAAAGCUCAUUUCAAUUCAAUAUGCUUUGCAAACAGUCCACAGUUCUCGAUAUCAACAGUAGCAGGCGGUCCCGUUUGGUUGCUGCUUAGCAAACAUUUUCGCACAAUAAACUCUACAAAAUCAAAUGCUAAGUCGGGGUUUAUUAGUAUUUACGUAUCGAAGAAGGGAGGACAACGAACAUUUAUUAGCGACGAUGCUUUCUACCGUGGGCCAUUUGUAGACUCUCCCAACACAUUGGCUAAGAUUGACAUGGAAGCAAAUUCUACAUAUACGGUCGUGGUAGCCGAACAGUCACUACCGUUGGUACCCCAAAAUUUCACGCUUUCCGCUUUCUCAAGGAAUGAAGUCGUUCUCAAACCCGCCGAAGACAAGUACUCAGAUACCUAUCAAUUGGAAAGUGAAUGGAGCCCUGUUACUGCCGGCGGAAAUACAGAGUCUCCCCGAUACCCGUCCAAUCCACAGCACAUCUUGCAGAUAUCUGAGACAGCAGAUGUCUUGAUUCUACUGGAGACAUCUAAACCAGACAUGGCUGUCCAUGCAAAGCUUUUCUGGUCUGAUGGCAAGCGAAUAUCUACCGUGAAGAAACGUGAUAUUGUCACAGACAGCGGCCAUUAUCGCCCCGGUUGUGUGGUUGCCGAGACAGAACAACUACACCCCGGCUCAUACACACUAGUCUGUUCAACGUUCCUCCCUGACCAGAUCGCCAAGUUCAAUAUCUGGGUAUUCUCUACAAAGAAAUGCAACGUCAAGGCCUUACCGUCUGAAGCGGCAGGGAGACUGGCCGUCCUAUCUGAUGUGGGCAUUUUACCUCCAGGAAUCGAUCGUAUUUUCGCGCCCUUGACCGUGCUUCGCCUCACAAGACUCAAGCUGAUUGCGCGAAGCCGAAACUCUACUAUCGGAACACGCCAUGUAACUUCAUCUCCUAUGCUGUUGACCGUUGAGCUUGGCCAAGGGCCGUACAAAGAGGUUCUCGCGUCGUCGGAAAAUGGUGAAUAUAGUGAUGCAGUUUCUGGGAUUAGAGUACCUGAUUUUGAUGCUCGUCCGGAGUAUGCGGAGAAGGGAGGGAUCUGGAUUGUGAUUGAAAGAAUUGGAGGACCGGUUGGACAGGUGACAGACUGCGUUGACGUGGAAGCUCUCGGCGAGGAGCGAGUUGAGAUUGGUGAAUGGAUUACCAGUUAA